AUGCUGGCUCUUCGUGACCAGGAGAACCUGGUGAACACGCACCAAACUGCCGCGGCAGCUAAGCCCUUGAAUCAAACCAAGCAGCUGGCACCCAAGACCCCCGGCAAGCCUCGAAACGAUGAGAACAACCCGUUGGCCUUGGGAAAUCGCACUGUGAAAGGCAACGGAAACCGCCAGGAAAAUGGAAAGCCUAGCAACCACGCGUUUUUCACGCCAAUGGUGAAGGAUCGUGCGCCUUUGGGCGCGAAAACUACCAACUUGAAAGCCAACAAUCUCCAAACGCCUGCUCCAUUCGGAGGGACCACCAAGCAACCAAAGACAAACCGAAGGCUGUCGACUGCUAAGAAGAUCAAGAAAGCUGCUCCGGUCACACAGCAAGCUCAGACUAAAGUCCAUACCGAUCCUGUUGAGGAUGACGUGCCUGAUAUUGAAUACAUGCCGCCGAAGCCGAAAGAUCUCCCGGACCUUCCUGACGAUGUGACCUACGAUACUACUUUCCCUCAAUUUCAACCGAAGAACCGUGCAUUGGGCUUGGAGAGCGUGUACGGAAAGCGAGAAGUCGGCAGUGAUGGACUCACGGCAAAACAACGCAAGUUCAAGGAAGAUUCUGCGGCGUACGACAAGAUGGUGGAUGACAUGAUCCUGCAGCAACUUGAAAGCGUCGGCUUUGAAGACUCUACCGAGAAUGAGCCUCCAAAGCCGCCCCAGCCUGCCGUUCGCUCUAAGAAACCAAUGACCACCGCACGAGAAACUCGCAGCGUGUCGACCCUUCGGUCUCGUGAGGCCGCCGCUGCACUUGCUUCAUCCCAACCAACUGCGGCCCCCCGAGCGGUCUCAACCCCCAAGCCACGGGUGGAAUCUUUGGCAUCCUCGUUGAUUAUGCCCAAGAGACACGCCAGGGUCCCGUCAAAUCCCUCCUCCAUGCGCCAUACUGCGGCUUCUGCCGCUUCUCGGACAACCCUUGGCUACUCCAAAGGCCGCAGUGUGUCAUCUACGGUACGAGAGAAGAAUGCCCAAGCGCAGAAGCUCUCGAGCUCUGAGGUUCUCUCCCCCGAAACCUACAUGCAACUAUAUGGACCGCCUCCGCUGGACUCGGAAAUGUGGAUCCGUUGCAAAACUGCCGGAUGCUUUGACACUCCAGAGGAAAGCUCUCAGGGACCCGAGGAAUCACUGCCUACUUUUGAGGAAGAUGAAGAGGCUCAGAGCUUCCAGCUCACUUUGUAA